CGAUGGUGGGAAAAGAGGCGACAAGACGAGUCGGCUUAGCUUUGCGUGGACGAUACACUGUGGGCACGGCGGGGACGUCGGCGCUACUCCGGACGGCUUGAGAUUGGUGCCCGUCUACGGGACGUGAUGACCGAGGAAGGAAAGUCCACAACACGCCGCUGCGAUGGCAAAUGGACUGAAUCGACACGUCUUGCCCCACCCACUACUCCUCCGACGAUCGAUGGGCGCCGAACACGAUGACUGCGAUAAGGUCGGCUUUCAAGACGUCGACGUGGACCUCGAAGAAGAUCCGGCCAAGGAUGAGACUUCUCCGCCGCCCAUGUCCUCUUCUGCACUGCCAUUGAGACCUCUACGUCUGGUCAAUGGGAGAAGACACAGUAGGGAGACGUCGCUUGGGCGACUUGAUGAAGAGAACCAAGGCUUACUAUGUGACGAGCUGGAGCUACGCUCCAUCGAUGCGUCGCACAAGAAGAAGCGCGAGGCUACCAGGCUCGUACUGUGCAUCGGCCUGACCCUCACUGUGCUGCCCCUCCUCAUCCUCCUCAAUUGGCUGCUAGGACUCAUCUCCGGGUCGCGCUUCACCUGGAAUCGCGCCAUCUCCACCCUCCCCAGCGCCCACAUAUGGGACUCACCGCCCUCGCCACCAGUCUUCCCGCGCUUUGAAGACUCUGUAGUCCUCACUGUCCGCACGAGCGCCACGACAUUGAUGCAUCGCCUGCCCCUCAUGCUCUUGGAGUCACAGACCCUCCCUCGCAGGCAGGACGGGCGAGAGUGGGAGUACAUACCGAAUCUCGUAUUCUACAGCGAUGCGGAUACCUGGAUCGGCCAGACACACUUCGUCGAUAUCCUGCGCAACGUCAGCUCCGACGUAAAGUCGCUGCCCGAAUUCAACUCGUCCUACUCCACCAUCCAAUCGCUGCUGCGCACUCAUCAAGAUCCAAGCAAGUUGGUCCCUUCACCGCUCCCUCUUUCUGGCGGGUACAAGGGCGUCAAUAAGGGUUGGUUGCUCGACAAGUGGAAAUUCUUGCCUUUACAUGGCGAUGCGUACCGCCAUUGGCCAGAAGCGAAGUGGCACGUGGGGAUAGAGGACGAUACGUAUCUUUUUUGGAAUCAGCUGGUCAAGUGGUUAAAGGCUAAGCCGCACGACGAGCAGAAGUACUACGGCGCGCAGAUGUAUCUUGUGAACGGCUCCCUCCCCUUCGCGCAUGGAGGAGCAGGCUACACAAUCUCCCGCGCCCUCCUUCGCGCAACGUACGGUCUCGCCCCUCCUUCCUCGGCAUGGGAGUUUGAACACUCCUUUACCCACUAUAUCCGCUACUCCUGCUGUGGAGACGCAGAGCUCUGGCGCGCCUUCUCCCUCACUAAGCCGAGCGUUACGCUCUCUCGCCCAAAUUGGGAGGAGGCCGGUAGAAGCUUCCGCGUCGAGGGUUUGGGUAGAUUGGUGAUUGAGGAGAGGGAGUGGUGCCAGCCGGCUUUUACGCUGCAUCAUGUUGGUCCGUGGGAGCGGGUGAGGCUGGGGAGGUUUAAGGUUGACGUAGAGGGGAGGGUAGGAGAGGACGACUUCAUACGUUGGGUCGACUUGUGGGACUACUUUGCUGCACGCGUCAUAGCGCAGGGUGAUCGCAAGGCGUGGAACGCUGUACCUGGUGAUGGGAUUGGACAGGUGGUCAAGGGACCAAGCGACGCCAAGUCGUGCUCAGAGGCUUGCGUGCGCGAUCAAGCGUGCUUCGUUUGGACGUGGGAAUACGGUUCCAAGCAGGAGUGUGAGCCCACCGCCGCAGAGUCAGCCAGUUGCCAUCCACCCGCUGACUUCAACCCACUGCUCUCUCGCAGGCCGUCAUUCCCACGCUGCCAUUCUAGGCCAGGCAGACGUAACGCAACGCACCGACUCUGGCUGGGUCGUGGAUCGCAUCGCCAAGCAGAGGGGCAGGCAGUGGUGCGCUGGAAGGUUAGGGGACCUGGCAGCGCUGGGCGAUGUCGCGAAUGAACGGCCGUUAUGACCGAAAGGAGGCGUCUGAAUCAUAUUCGAUCGUGAGAGAAAUCU